AUGACGAGCAUCGACGAGCUCUUCAAGAGCGCAAACGGCACGACGAAGCGCAAAUUCGAGAACCCAAAAGAAGCCGACCCAAUGCAAUCGUACAAGUCGGUAAAACUCAGUACAAACGGUGACGUCAAAGCGCAAGCCUCGGUAGCCGACGAAGACAACGACGACGACGAGGCUGGCCCUUCAUUACCGCCGGACUUUGAAGACGAUGGGCCAGGCGACGAUGACGAGGGACGUUUCUUUGGCGACGGCUUGGACGAGAAUGCGCGGGACGCAAUGGAAUACAUAGACGCAAAAGAUGGCGAUGAAGUCAUACAGGACGAAAAAUACGAUAUACCAUGGGUGCGCAAGCUGGCGCUCAACUUUGAGAAGAAGGUCAACAAGAAUGCGUCGUUGCGCGCAAAGUACGAGGACGACCCUACAAAGUUUAUGGACUCAGAGGCCGACUUGGAUGAAGGGAUAAAGGCGUUGAGUAUACUAUCAGAACACCUAGAGCUCUACGAGGAGUUCGCGACCAGCACGGCGGCGGCAAAGUUGGUGGAAUUACUGGCGCAUGAGAACACAGACAUUGCGAUUGCGGCGAUUGAAAUGAUCUCAGAGCUUACAGAUGAGGACGUAGCAGGCGAGCAGGAGCAAUGGGAUGCGCUAGUUAUAGCGUUCAUGGAGGCCGACUUACUCAGCCUGCUCAUAUCCAACUUCUCGCGCUUCGACGAGACGGACGAGGCCGACGCAUCUGGUGUCUACAACUCUCUGAGUGUGAUUGAGAACCUGCUCUCACAACCCGCAAACACCGACAUAAUAGGCGGACAGCCCGCCUUGUUAAAAUGGCUCCUCGACCGCAUCCAAAAACCAGAAUCCCCAACAUCGCGAAACAAGCAAUACGCGUCUGAAAUUCUCUCCAUCCUCACACAAUCCUCGCGCUCGAAUCGAAACCACAUCGCCGAAGCAAACGGCGUGGAAAUCUUCCUUACGAACCUCGCGCCGUACCGCCGAGAUGACCCUGAGAAGGACAGCAACGAGGAGGAAUACAUGGAGAAUCUGUUCAAUUGUCUUUCGUCCAUCACCGAGGAACCGCUAGGCAAAACAAAGUUCCUAGAAGCAGAAGGCGUGGAACUCUGUCUGCUGUUUAUACGAGAUGGGAAGACGAGUAAGAGUCGCGCACUCAAAGUACUAGACCACGCAUGCGGUUACGCAGAAGAAGCAGCACAACCCAACGGCGACAGCAACGCAAAAGGCAAAGCCCCAGCCCAAGAAGAAGCAGAAGCAGAAAUAGCAACAAACACCGCCUCAGCAAUAUGCACCCGCGUCAUCGAAUCCCGCGGCUUAAAACCCCUCUUCAGCACUUUCUCAAAAUCAACCCCCUCCCCCACAUCCACAUCCACCUCCUCCACACAAUCGCACAAAAAACUAGACCCCUCCCUCAUCGAACACAUCCUCAGCAUCCUCUCCUCCCUCCUCCGCUCCUUACCCGGAAACUCCGACGCCCGCUUCCGCCUGCUCGCCAAAUUCCUCGAAAAAGACUGCGCGAAGAUAUAUAAACUGGUUCUUUUACGGAGAACCUACGUCGUGCGGCUGGCUGCUUUCGAUGCCAAGAUGGCGGAGAGGAAAAGGAGGUUGAGCGUGGAGGAGCGAGAAGAGCUGGAGCUGCAGAGUGUGGCGGAGAGGUUGAGUGAGGGGGGGCUUUAUUGUUUGGAGAGGAUCGAUGCUGUGUUGGCGUGGUUGGUGGCCGAGGAUGAGGGGGCGAAGAAGGCGGUUGUGGAAGCGUUGGCGGAGAGGGAUGAGGGGUUGGGGGAUGUUAAGAAGACGUUGCAGGCGCAGCUUGAUGGGGUGUUGGAGGUAGAGGGGGCGGAGAGGGAAGUUUUGGAGACGUUGGUGGGGUUUUUGGAGUGA